UCAAACCUCAGACCCAGCUGAGUUGAAGGGAAGGGCGUCCCCACACCUGGCCAGUGAUUUAUGCUGCUGUGAUCAUCAUCAUCUUCACCUGAGCCCUGCAGAGCUGGAAGGGGGCCCUAUGGAUCAAGGAGGCAGGGUGGGGGGAAUCGAACUCACAACCUUUGGCUUUGCAGGCAGAUGCGAAGCAAUCCUUUAUGUACCACGACUAGCCUUUGAAUGAGAACCGAGGAGAGAAAUGAAAAGCUUUAAUAGCUCUCUUUCGCUAAGUUCUAAGAGAGAAGGAGAAGGGGAUCACUUUAGUCCAUCAGAGGCUUUGCUGGAGAAAGGAUCCAAGAUGGAUGAACGAGACACAGAUAGUCCUGAAAGAGGGGAAAGCCCUGAUGCCCUCAAGAUGGAGAACAGAAGGGGAAUUUUGGAAAGAACAGUGCUGAGAACUGUGCACGAGGAUGUGGUCGGCUCAGAUCUGCAGCGAAUGUCCUUCAGGCGUUUCUCCUACAAGGAGGCUGAAGGUCCCCGAGAAGUUUGCCGGUGGCUUCAUGUUCUUUGUCGCCAGUGGCUGAGGCCAGAUGAGCAAACAAAAAACCAGAUCCUGGAUCUGGUGAUCCUGGAGCAGUUCCUGGCCAUCCUUCCCCCGGAGAUGUCCAGCUGGGUGAGGGAAUGUGGAGCGGAGACCAGUUCCCAGGCGGUGGCCCUGGCCGAAGGCUUCCUCCUGAGCCAGGCAGAGGAGAAGAGGCAGGAAGAGGAAAAGGUCUCAAAUCUGCCUGUGGAACUUCAGUUUAAAUUUCCUGAGGCAGAGAUGGCUUUGGAGGGCACCAAGCAGAGUUUUCUGCGAAGGGGAUCCAAGCAAGAUGAUGACGGAGGUGGCCCCAUCCAGGCAGGGACUAGAAUGAUGCCAGUAGCAAGUACCCAACUAUUGUUGCCUCGCCACCAUUGUGAUGGAUCGGCAGCAGAUCACAAAGGCGAAAGUGCCGGUGGAAAGACGUACUGGGUGCACCAGAGAUUCCCAGGACCCCGGUUCCUCUCUUGGGGUCCCACGACCUUUGAGGAGGUAGCUGUGCAUUUCACCCAGGAGGAGUGGGUGCUGCUGGAUCCUGACCAGAGAACCCUACACAGGGAAGUCAUGGAGGAGAACUGCGGGAUCGUGGCCUCUCUUGUUCCCGAUCUUAAGCAUGUUUCCGAAAUGGAGCCGAGGGUAGAUCCGUGGAUUUUGAAUGGAAACAAACGCUCGGAUAUCGGAUCAGUAACCUCUUUGGUUCCCAAGCUUGAGGCCAUUUCUGAAACGGCGCCGAGGGAAGAUUCACAGGGUUUGGAUGAAAGGGAAAUCACAGAAUCCAGAUCAGGAACGUCCUUGGAUCUGUCAAAAGAAAGAAGUAUCUGCUCAAAGUGUGGAAAGUCUUUUACGCACAAACCAGGACACCGGAGAACUCAAAUGGAAGGGAAACAGGACGCCAGAGGAAUGUCGAUCUGUCCGAUAUGUUCCGCCUCUGGGAGAAUGCUUGGCGAUCGAAUUAAAAGCGGAAAGAAACAGUUUAGGUGGGAAGGGUCAGGGAAACCUCUUCACUGCAAGUCACCCUUUGUGAGCUCUCCAAGAGACCACCUGGGAGAGAACGGGAACAAAUGCCUAAAAUGUGGGAAAUGUUUCGCGUUUAAGUUGCAUCUCGUAAAGCAUCAAAGAGUUCACAUGUUAAAGAAACCCUAUAAAUGCCAAGUAUGUGGGAAAUGUUUUUCUCAGAAUUCUCGCCUUCUCAUUCAUCAGAGACUCCACACAGGAGAGAAACCCUACAAGUGCCAGGAGUGUGGGAAAUGUUUUUCCCAGAAUUCAAGCCUAGCGAGUCACCAAACAGUCCACAUCGCAGAGAAAAUAUACAAAUGCCAAGACUGUGAGAAAUGUUUUGCUUAUGGCUCGCAACUUGUGGAUCAUCAGAAAGUUCACAGGGGAGAGAACGCAGACAGAGGCCAGGAGUAUGAGAAAUAUUUUAUUCCCAGCUCACACCUUACCAUUCGGCAGAGAUUCCACACAGUAGAGAAACCCUACAAAUGCCAGGAUUGUGGCAAAUGUUUUGCUUGGAGUUCAGCCCUUUUGAAGCAUGAGAGAAUUCACACUGGAGAGAGACCCUACAAAUGUCAGGAGUGUGGGAAAUCUUUUGCUCACAGUUCACACCUUGUGACGCAUCACAGAGUCCACACAGGGGAAAAACCAUACAGUUGCGCAGUGUGUGGAAAAUGUUUUCUUCGCAGGUCAGAUGUUGUGACUCAUCAUAGAGUCCACACAGGAGAGAAGCCCUACAAGUGCCAGCAGUGUGGGAAAUGUUUUGCUCGCAGUUCUCUCCUUGUGACUCAUAACAGAUUCCACACGGGAGAGAAACCCUACAAAUGCCAGGAGUGUGGGAAAUGUUUUGCUUGCAGUUCUGCCCUUUUGAGUCAUGAGAGAGUGCACACCGGAGAGAGACCCUACAAAUGCCAGGAAUGUGGUAAGUGCUUUGCUCACAAUUCAAAUUUUCUCAUCCACCAGAGAGUCCACACAGGAGAGAAACCGUACAAAUGUCAAGAGUGUGGGAAGUGUUUCGCUCGAAGUUCACACCUUGUGACUCAUCAGAGAUCCCACACAGGAGAGAAACCAUACAAAUGCCAGGAGUGUGGCAAAUGUUUUGCUCACAACUCACACCUGAUGACCCAUCAGCGAGUCCACACAGGAGAGAAACCGUACAAAUGCCAGGAAUGUGGAAAAUGCUUUGCUCGCAGUUCAAACUUUCUGAUCCACCAGAGAGUCCACACAGGAGAGAAACCUUACAAAUGCCAGGAAUGUGGGAGAUGUUUUGCUCAUAAGUCGCACCUUGUGACUCAUCAGAAGGUUCAUGCCAGAGGAAAUCCAUACAUAUUCCAAGAGCGCAGGAAAUAUUUACCUCAGAAUUCAUCUCUCCUGAUCCACCAGAAGGUCUACCCAGGAGAGAAACCAUACCAAUACUAGAAGUAUAAGGAAUGCUUUCUUCGCAGUUCAGAGAAAGCAAAGAAAUGUCCGGAGAGUUGAAACUGUUUUCCUUUUAAGCAGAAUAAGGGACUGAUGAGAAGAAUAUUUUCAAACACCAGGAAAAUGUUUACUUGGGUCUCAAGUCAUGGGAGAAAUCAGAAGCGCAAUCCAGAAAAGGAGUUGGAGAAACGUGGGACAUGGUUUUCAUUGAGAAUCAUUUUUGUAUCCCUCCGGAAAAAGGGACACAGAAAAGAAAUCAAACUUGGAUUGCUGAACAUUUUUGCCAAACCGGCCAUAAUCACGGGUUAGAAGCCUGGUCACAAAGCACUUUCUAAAUGCAUGACCUGUGGAGAAAUUUUUCCUUUCCUCUCAGUAGUUGGGAGUUUUCCAUGGUUAGAAGGUUCUCUGCCAACGAUUCAAACAUUGGAAACGUUUUGUUCACUUCCCUGUUCCUCAGAGACACCAGAGAAGGUGCAGAAGAGACUUAUCCUGCCCUUGGUUCACGUGGGACCGUUUUUUGGACGCAGCUCUUUUUCAUAAUGUACCCACUUAGCAGAGGAAGCCCUACAGGACUCAAUCCUAGCUUGUCUCAGAAGGAAGCUUUAGUAUCGUCACUCCCAACCUUGAGCCCCCCAGAUGCUCUUGGACUGCAACUCCCAGAAAUCCUGGCCAGCACAGUGGGUGGCAAAGGAUUCUGGGAGUUGCAGUCCAAGAACACCCGGGUGACCCCCCCCGAGGUUGGGAACUCACUGCCUAGUGGUUUGUCGCCUGAAGGGUAAAGGAAGGGGCCAUUGCCAUUUUUGUGACAAUAUAUCGUGUCACUCUGGACACAUGGUGUCCAGGGAAAUAAUAGAUUAUGUUUGUACGAAGCAGAUCUUUUGUAGAUCAGUACAGUGGUGCCUCGCUUUACGAUUGCCCCGCAUUACAAUGAAUCUGCUUUACGACGAUCU